CUCUCUGUCGGUAAAAAAGGAUUUAGUUCGAACAUUUGUAUAUUAACAUGAAACAAGAUGGCGUUGUUAUAUCGUUUUAUCAUGUGAUACGUAUUAUUCAUCGAACGACAUUUAAUUUGAAACAGAGAUUUUCAGAUAGAAGAAAGAUCACAGACUUUCAAAUACUAUGGAUGAAGUUUUCUUACGUUGUUAUUAAAGAGCCAAAUAUAAACUCGUCAGAAUUUGAAAAGGAUUUUUCUCAUAGGCGUGAUGGUCUUUCAUAAUUACCAUGAAAAUUACACCUACAACAGUUUGAGGUUUUCCCCUUCAGUUUUCAAGGAAACGUAGUCAUCAUUGCAUCAACACUUUGUCCAAGACUCAGACCAUUACCAGCAACACCAACCAACGUUUUUCUCGGUGGUUUGGCUACAGCUGAUCUUCUUUUGAUCAUUUUUUGUAUACCUGUUAAGAUUGCCAAAUUGUUCUCAUAUACAUGGACAAUGGGUAUCUUCCUAUGCAAAUCGGUGCAUUACAUGCAAAGCGUUUCUGCCAUCUGUUCCGUUGUCACUUUAACUGCAAUGUCCAUUGAAAGAUAUUACGCUAUAGUACAUCCUAUGAGAGCACAAUACACCUGUACAAUAAGUCAAGCAAGAAAAAUCGUAAUUAUCACCUGGGCUGCUUCAUUUCUUUUAGGUAUACCAAUGGUAUUCACUCAGAGGCAUAAAGAAGUUGGACAAAGGGUUAUAGCAUAUUGGUGUGUUCGUGAUCCCGAUGCUGCAUUUUUAUGGAAAGCACAUGAAGUUUAUAUGCUUGUGCUAGUUCUUGUAUUACCACUUACAGUUAUGGCAUUUUGUUAUACUGCAAUUUGUUGGGAAAUUUGGAAAGUUAUGAAACGACGUUACCAUAUGACCUCGAGACACGCACUCAAUCCAAAUAACAUUGAUGCUGAAUGUAUACCAAUGACUCCUAGACAAAACAGUAUGAGAAAUGGGCGUCGAGUUCGUCGAGAAAAUGGUCAAACCGAAGAAGAAUCUAGAACCAUGAAACAGGUGGUAAAGAUGUUAGUUGCUGUGGUGGUUCUAUUCGCAAUUUGUUGGGGUCCCAUAUUAAUCGACAACGUGCUCACAGCUUACCGCAUUUUACCACGCCAGAGGAAGGGAAUUUACAAGCAUAUGAACACGGCUUUUCACUUAAUGGCUUACUUUAACAGUUGCAUCAAUCCAAUCAUCUAUGGAUUCAUGUCGAAACAUUUCCGUGAAAGUUUCUUAGCAGCUGCUUGUGGUGGAUGGUGGAUUUGUUGUCCUAGGAGAGGUUACAGAACACCAAUGAAAAGACAUUCAAGUUUGAGUCAAACCAGAACUACUAGCGUCCGGUGGAUAAGGAAUUCCUUCAAAGACUCUAAAUCACGAAACUCGACCGACAUCCAUCAAGUAGUCUGCCCAUGAAAAUGUUUCCAGUUCGAGAAAGCAAUUCUUCUUCCUCCUCUUAUGGCAAAUGGCGUUAAAACACUAUGAAGAUCUGAUCUGAAAAAAAUCCUUCGUCUACGAUUAUUGCAUUAUCUAUGGACUUGAUUCUUUCUUCGUCCUCGAAUCACUACGAGGGAAACCUUUCAUAUGUAGGUAGGCAAAUUUUUUUUUCGGCGAAAACAAAACAAAACAAAACCAAAACGAUAAAAU